AUGCGGCUAGUCAACACGCGCUCGCCGGUGUUUAACAGCUCGCAGCUGCCAGCCCGACCCUUCCGGUCGCUGAUGGGCACCAUAGUGGCCUGCCUCACAUUCACAGGCGCCAUCAAUUGGCUGUUGCUGCGCUUUGGGGUGCAAACCUGGCAUGAGGGCCUGGUGAUGGCGGCACUGCUGCUGCUCAUAGACACCUGCUUGAAUGCCAGGUAA